CGCUAGCUAGUUAAAUAUAAUAAAUACAUUCAAGGUAGGACUGUUAUUCUUAAAAUUAAAAUGGAUUUAUCUGAUGUAUUUGAACGUAGCUAUGCGUGAGCGGUGAAUUAUUCCAUGUUUUGAAACACUGAAUUUGGCUUUGGAAUACCACAUUUCGAUUUUGAGUUGACAUUGACGGCUUAACGUACGUCGUAGGUAGCUAACGUAGGCUACAGUAUUAGCAACAAGCUAGCUAGUUAGUCUGUACUUGUCCUGAAGGAAUUUAUGUUGUAGCUAGCUGACUAUAAUCCCUGCCAGUGUGCAUAGCCUAAAACACAUGAAUCACGUUGGUUGUCGAUAUUGAUGUAUUAUCUAAACACAUAUGGAGUAUUGAGCUAACGUCAGUUAGCUGCUGCUGUCUCAUUAAUUGAUCGACUUUCCCAACCAGCCAGUAUUUUGGACCUGGCUCAGCCUUUGUGGGGAGCAGAAGAGUCUGAGUCAGAGCUGAAGAUGGUCUGAUGGACCUCCGCUUUUUGCUGACUUUCCUCUUCUGCUCAGUCUCGUGGAUCUUCUUCUGGGAAGUGCGCUGGAAGAAAGGCAAAGAAAGUCAGAUUGAAGAAUGGAUUCAAGGCCACAGUCUCUCCGAAUACAAACACUUAUUUGAAGAUGUGGAGACUCUGGAGGAGCUGAGCCUGAGUAUUCUGACUCGUCUGGAGUACGUGGUGAGAGAGAAGCGGCGCUGGAGGGACAUCGCAGAGGCUCAUAUCCAGCUGCUGCGAGACUUUGCCUUCCAGGAGUGGCUCUGCUCUCAGAGCCUUGAGCACUACUAUCAUACACUGAAGACCUUGGGUUGUAUGACUCUGGAUGAUCUAGCCCAGUUUGACAGCCAGUUGCAGCUCUCUCUUGCUGCGUGGGGAUACUACUACGAAGACUACAUCAAGCUGUCCACGGGCGUCAAGGUUCUCCAGGCCUCUAGGGGGAGCCGCGACCAGGACUACGAGAUCCAACUCGUGCACAGCCUUGCUGAAAGGCGCCUGAAUGAGAAGUGGUCUAUCGCGGGAGCUUUUAUAUUUGGCUGUACUGUGGCACUGUGCUUUCUGAUAAGGGACCUCAUGUUUUACGUGAUUGGUGGAAUUACUGUUUCCAUCAUAGCGUUUGUCUUUACCAUCAAGUUCCUAUGUGAGCUUGCUGCGCGGGUGGUUAGCUUCCUGCAGAAUGAGGAUCCCGGGAGAAGGGGUGACCGCAGCAUCUACGACUAUGUACGAGGGAACUACCUGGACCCGCGCUCCUGCAAGGUGUCCUGGGAUUGGAAGGACCCACAGGAAGUGGGCCAGACUAUGAGCUUCCGUGUUCACCUCUUCUACAAGAACGGCCAGCCCUUCCCUGCCCACCGACCCGUGGGGUUAAGGGUCAACAUCACUCACAUAGAGCUGGCCCUAGACAUCCCCAUCACCCAGGAGGUUCUGCAGGAGCCAGAGUCCAAUGUGGUCAAACUGGCCUUCACUGUCCGCAAGGCCGGACGCUAUGAGGUAGCUGUCAAACUGGGAGGACUCAACGUGGCCUACAGCCCUUACUACAAGAUAUUCAAAUCAGGGACAGUGGACCCGUCCAAAACGAAGAUAGCCUACCACUUCUCCACCCUGGUCUUAGUAUAUGGCCAGCAGCAUACCCUGCAGAUCGAGCCUCGGGACGAGUAUGGCAACCCCACCAGUAACUCCACCUCACUGAUAGACGAAGUCAACUACAAUGUCCACGUCCACUCGCUGGGCACGGUGGAUGACGACAGCCUGGAGGAGUACUACUGUAAGUCAGUGUCAUCCAACAAGCAGCUGUGCCAGGUACUGCUGAAAAUCACCCUGAGGAAGAAGGGCUGUUUCCGGGCACGCAUCUCCUAUACCGACCUGCCCCUCAGCAACGGGGAGUUCGACAUCAUUGUUCUCAGUGAGAACGAGAAGAAGUGUGUGGAGAAGAACGUGUCCACCACAGGGAUCAGCAUCUACUUUGAGGCGUACCUCUACGGCACAGGGAACUACAGUAACUACAGUAACUCCUCGUGGCAGCUCCCAGCCUCGGCUCUGAUGGCCCCUCAGAGACGGCCCUCCAUGGGGGACGAGGAGGACGAGCAUGACUCCCCUGUAGAGGGCCAGCCGGAGAAGGUCAAGAAACCAAAAAAGGUCUACUGCUACAUAUCGCCAAAGCAACUGUCAGUGAAGGAGUUUUACCUGAAAAUCAUUCCAUGGCGCCUUUUCACCUUUCGAGUUUGCCCAGGGACAAAGUUCACAUACUACGGCCCUGACCCCGUUCACAAGUACCUGACUCUAGUGGUGGAUGAUGGGAUCCAGCCGCCAGUGGAGCUGAGCUGUAAAGACAGAAACAUCAUGGCUGCCACCUUCAUCCGUUUCCUGCACAAGAAUAUCGGUGGCUCGGAGACGUUCCAGGACAAGGUGAGCUUCUUCCAGAGGGAGCUCAGACACAUCCACUCCAAGAGACCUCGCACCAAGACCUGCCUGAAGAUCACACGCCACUGCAUCUUGGACUCUUCUCUGAAAUCCACCCGGAACUUCUCCGUGUCGGACUGGAGUAAGAACUUUGAGGUGGUGUUCCAGGAUGAGGAAGCUCUGGACUGGGGAGGGCCGCGAAGGGAGUGGUUUGAGCUCGUCUGUAAGACUCUGUUUGACACCACCAAUCAGCUGUUUACUCGCUUCAGUGACGACAACCAGGGCCUGGUCCACCCCAACGCUGAGCGGCCGGUCCACCUGCGUCUGAAGAUGUAUGAGUUUGCGGGGCGCGUGGUGGGGAAGUGCCUGUACGAGUCAGCCCUGGGCGGGGCCUACAAGCAGCUGGUCCGCGCUCGCUUCACCCGCUCCUUCCUGGCCCAGCUCAUCGGACUCAGGAUGAACUACAAAUACUUUGAGACGGAUGAUCAGGAGUUCUACAAAACGAAAGUCUGCUUCAUCCUAAACAAUGAUGUCAGUGAAAUGGACCUGGUGUUUGCUGAGGAGAAGUACAAGUCAGGACAGCUGGAGAAGGUGGUGGAGCUGAUAUCUGGAGGAGCUCAGAUUGCUGUCAACAAUGAGAACAAGAUGCAUUAUCUGAACCUGCUGGCCCAGUACAGGCUCGCCAGUCAGGUGCGAGACGAGGUGGAGCACUUUCUCAAAGGUUUGAAUGAACUUGUUCCGGAGAACCUCCUGGCCAUAUUUGAUGAGAAUGAGCUGGAGCUGUUGAUGUGCGGUACAGGGGACAUCAAUGUCCAGGACUUCAAGGCCCAUGCUGUGGUCGUAGGAGGGUCGUGGCACUUCAGAGAGAAGGUGAUGAAGUGGUUCUGGGCCGUGGUGUCCAGCUUCACCCAGGAGGAGUUGGCUCGCCUGCUGCAGUUCACCACCGGCUCCUCCCAGCUUCCCCCUGGGGGCUUCAACACCCUCUGCCCCUCAUUCCAGAUCAUUGCUGCUCCCACACACAGCACCCUGCCCACCGCACACACCUGUUUUAACCAGCUUUGCCUCCCCACCUAUGAUUCCUAUGAGGAGCUGCACAAGAUGCUGAAGCUGGCCAUCAGUGAGGGCAGUGAGGGCUUCGGCAUGCUCUGAGUGGCCCUAUCCCUCUAUCCCUGGAGCUCACCCCCAGACUCUGAGUGGCCCUAUCCCUCUAUCCCUGGAGCUCACCCCCAGACUCUGAGUGGGCCUAUCCCUGGAGCUCACCCCCAGACUCUGAGUGGCCCUAUCCCUGGAGCUCACCCCCAGAC